CGACGGGACACGAACUUUUAAUUUCUGAGGAGCCAAAUUAAGAAAUUUAACUAAUUUAAAUACAAUAGCUUCCUCCUAUUAACUAAUAAGCUUGACACGAUGCAGGUUGAGAGCGACUUAUCAACCCAACAGAUGGAUGACAUGUUGGAUAUUACCGCUACCAGUGCGGCCGAUCUGAUGCAAGAGCAAGGUGAGAGUGGUGACUUACAAAUUGACGAAACGAAUGUCGCUACCAGUGCGCUCAUGAAUCCUUUGCUUGUGAACUUAAUCUUUUCCUACAUGGACGCCCCCACUCUGAAAACAUCCGUGCGACCCGUUUGCACCCUGUGGGCCGAUCUUGGCGCCCCUUUCCUCGGGAAAAAGACCACUCAUCCUCAGAUGUUCUCGGAAAGCAUUACAUGCGACUCGGAGAUCCCCGAAACCAUCGGAUUGACCGUAUUUCAUCCAAAAUUGGCCAAGAACGUGAAACUCGUCUCGUCCACGUGUCCCUGUGACUCGCCGGAACUCCUCCCAAGAAACUUCACCGCUGUCCGGCCCAGAAUUGCUCGCCACGUGGAGGAGCUCGAGGUCCGAAUCGACUCCUCAUUUUUACCCGGGCUGCACAAAAUGUGGACAUCAAGACAACAUCUUUUCAACAACCUCACCAAAAUUUCUAUCACCGUUUUGCUCUUUAGUGACGACAAUGCGGACAGUAUUCUGACCGGGUCGUACCCGAUGAUGGCAAACGUGAAGAUGAUUUCGAUAAGAAUGGCCAACCAGUACCGCCUUGAUCAGGAUAAGCUGGGAGCCAUCAUAUCUCAAAAACUGUUCAAUGCCACCCCCAAUUUACAAGAGGUUGAGGUGGAGGCCGGUUUUUAUUUGGAUUUCGCCCCAUGCAAAAAACUGGACAAGUUUACGUAUGCGUUUGUCAAGUUCUUGGACUGGCGUACACACGAGCCCUCUAAGGUCGUGGAAAUGGAUAAAAUCGUCAAGAUGUUAGAGUCCUGUCGGGAAUCUUUGACCGAAUUGAGUCUCUCCCAGGUACGAGUGGUGGACUUUGAGGAUGAUGAGGAGGACGACGACGACGUGCAGCCCGUGCAGACUUUAUCCCUCCCAUCCUUCCCAAACUUGACCAGGUUGUCAAUCUCCUCCAUGGAAGUUUACCGCUUGGGUGACUGUCUGUCUGUGAAGAACGUCCCAAAUCUGACCCAUGUCAUCCUCGCCGGCAGCAUCAAGAAAUGGUUCACCCUGUCCAACAUAAUUGCUCAUUUCCGCCACCCUCACGUCGGAAUUACGACGCUCGACCUGGAUGCCGCGUAUGACGGAGAUGAAGACGAUGUCGAGAUUGGAACCGAGAUCGUUCGUCUUUUUCCCGCCGUGAAGAUAUUAAAGUUGAAGUUGACCCUUUUGGCAUACCUGCAGAUGGAUGACCUCGAAGAAAUUCGCCUCUUGAAGCAAAUUCUGCGAAACUUUGCGCCUUGGGAGCUGACCUCGGCUUUAGUUGAGAUGAAAAAUGUGCGCAGUUCAGGCGUCGUGUUGGGCACGAUGCAGGGUUUGAAGCGAUAGAAAGGCUUGUCCCACACCGAGGUUCGAUUUUGCGGUACAAAUAAGCACCCUUUUGUCCUGGGGGAUGACGUGAAAGAGAUUCUUUUGGCCGGCAGGGAGAUCAAAUUGAUCAAAAUGUCGGGAUUUUUGAUGACGGAGACGGAGAGGGAUGAAUUUGAAGGAUUUGUUGAAGACAGCGGUCUCCCGAUUAGUUUCUCAGAGUAAAUUCAUCGUUUUAUUGACUACUUGUAUUAGUUUUAUGGAUUUUUUGUUCAGCGAUGAAUCUGGUAUUUUGAUGUAAUAUUUAUUUGAUAUUCUUUUUAAGAGUUCACCCUCUGAUGAAUUUUUGUAUAAUGUACUUUAAAUUAAUUUGUGUGUAUUUACUAUGUAUGUGACUGACGGUAAAUAAAUUGGUUGGGACCAGAUUCUUAUUGA